AUGAGUCGAAGCUAUAUCCUAGCGCUUCUAAGCGCAUUGACACGUACAGCUGCAGAAACGUACAACAUCCCGUCAAACCCAACUGUCUCGGGCCAACCUUUCGACAGCUUCGUCAGCUACUCUAUUGAAUUCUCGUCCUUUCCAGACUUUGCCGGCAACCACUCCCACCCCAACAAAUACUCCUACAACCUCAUCAACAACAUCCACGCCAUAUCCAACAACUACCCCGUCAUCCGCGUCGGCGGCAACACCCAGGACUUUGCCCUCUACAACGCCUCGCAGCCCACGUCCCUCGUUGGCGUCGUCGACCCCGACAAGUCCCCUGAUUAUCCUACCACCAUCACCAUCGGCAAGUCCUACUUCGAGAGCUACAGGACAUGGCCGGGCGUCAGGUUUUCUCACGGCUUCAACAUGGGACUCGGCGGCAAGACUGCCCGGGGACGCGAGACUCUGGUUGAUACCGCACCAUUGGCGUGCGAGGCCCUGCGGCACGGCAACCUCUACACGUGGGAGUACAGCAACGAGCCCGACUUAUUUACGUCCGGGACGUAUGCACCACGGCCGAAGGGGUGGAGCGAGACGGACAUGGUGGCCGAGUGGCUAGCCGGAACAGACGAGAUCAGGAAUCAAGUCAAGAAGCAGUGUCCAGAAAUCCAAGUGAGCUUCAUAGCGCCGUCGAAUGCCGGCGUGAGCAAUGCCCUAAAGGCAAGCAAGAUGUGGGCAGCUGGGCUGAAUAAACGCGGCGACAUCGCCAUGUUUUCCACGCACAACUACAUCGACGGCGCCAAGGUACCCGGGGUAACGCUCCAAGGCACACUCAUGAACCACACGCGCACCAAGCUCUCCGUCAACAACCACGUCGCCGAGUACAACUCCAUCUUCCGCGCCGCCGGGUCGCCGCCGCCCCUCAUAUUCGGCGAAACCAACUCCCUCUACAACCAGGGACGGCCGGGGCUCUCCAACACAUUCGGCGCCGCCCUGUGGUGCGUCGACUUCAACAUGUACUCCGCCGCCGUGGGAUUCAAACGAGUCCACAUGCACCAGGGCACCAACUACCGCUACCAGGCCUGGCAGCCCGUCGCCACCGACCUCGCCGCCAUCGGCACCAAAGCGCCCUACUACGCGUCCAUAACGGCCGCCCACAUGACGCGCCGCGCCGCCCGCGCCCCCGUUUCCAUUUCCCACGUCCCGCUGUCCUCGGACGCCGCCGAGUCCGCGUACGCGGCGCACUGCGCCUCCCGCAGCGGAGAGAAACACCUCGCCCGGCUGAUGGUGGUCAAUAUGCACGGGUACAAUACUACCGUUGGCGGGGCGGGAUUGGAACCACUCCCCAGCCCGCCACCGAGGACGGUCCGCAAGUACAAGUUUCGUGUGGAAGGGGUGAGGGACGGUGUGCGCGCCAGUGUGCACCGGCUGAUGGCGAAUGGGAGCGACGCCAUUACGGGCAUCACGUACGACGGCUGGAGCUACAAUUAUGACUUGGACGAGGGCAGGGGCGUGAGAUUGACAAAUGUCACGGUUGGCGAGAAGAUUAUAGUCGAGGGCGGAGAGGUGGUGGUCCAUGUGGCAGACUCGUCGGCCGUUAUUUUGAGUUUUGCAACGGGUUGCUGA